AAUGAAUCUACUAACUUAUAUUAUUUAAGGGAAGUUAUAGAAUUCAACAAAUAUGAUUCAUAAUGUGAGGGAUAUGAUUUAAGCAAAUAUUUUCAUAGAACAUAAAGUAUUGGAAUAAGAACAAUUGAAGAUUUUUGAUGGCCAUUUAUAUUAUCUUUAAUUUAUAAAGGCCGUAAAACUAAAGUCACAUGAGAUCAAUAUCAACUAAGGAAAUUAAAGAAUUUUCCAUUUACUAAAUUUCAAACAACAAAAUUUAUAAUCCAUAAAUCAAAUAGCAAGCAGAAAAUUUAUCAGAGUCUGA